AUGGACGGGUACGGAUCCUACGGCGGCGGCGGCGACAGGAGGAUGGAGAUCGUGAGCGGGAAGGGGCUCGGCGCGUGCCACCGGCCGUACUCGCCGACGACCCACCACCCCCCGCCGCCGCCGAUGCCGGCUAGGGAUAGCUGGUCGGGCCACCACGGCGGCGGGGCGGCGGCGGCGGCGGCGGCGAAGCCGUGGGGGUUCACGGACCCGGAGAUGAAGCGGAAGAAGCGGAUCGCCCGGUACAAGGCGUACACGGUGGAGGGCCGGGUGAAGGCGUCGCUACGGCGGGGGUUCCAGUGGAUCAAGAACAGGUGCUCCCAGAUCGUGCACGGCUACUGA